AUGUCCAAAAGAGGAGGCAGCCCCAAUGCCGAGAAUUGCGUAAAAAGACCAGAGUCCUUGACGAAUUCGGUCGCAAACGAAUACACCAAGUACCAUCCUUCAAAAAAAGUGGACGAUGUCGAUGUUAUCGAGCUGCCUUCGAACCCCGAAAGCAUUGUUACAUUUUUAAGAGACUAUGUUAUUGCUCGCAAGCCCUGCAAAAUAAACGGUGUCAUAUCGAGAGAGCUGCUUUUGGAAGGUUUGACGCCUACAAACAUAACGUCUACGUUGCCAGCUCAGAAAGUUCUGCAAGUAGAGCGUAAAGUGGACGGAGGCUUCGGUAGCGGUGAGAAAAAACUUCGGAUGACGUUCGAGGAACUUAUGGCCCGUUUGAAGAAGGGCGAAAGCGGGCUAUAUUUGACAACACAGUACGCUGGAGAAACUGAUGAUGGGCAAGAUGUGGACAAAAGUUCAGCAGAGAAUUUCAAGAAUACAGAGGAGGAGGAUGAUGGCGAGGAUGAGGUCAAAGACGAUGAGAGCUCAGAAGAAGAAGACGACGAAGCUGGCGGUCCUUUCGAUGAUGAUGCUCUCUCAGAUGCCGAAUCUUUCACAGUGGGCGAUUGUCGCGACGAUUUCGAUGAUCUGGAGUCCCUAGACGAAGCAGCAGAGAUUGUAGUAGAUCUGAAAUCAGGCCCUCUAGAUGUCACAGAGGCCCAAGAACGGCUGAAAGAGCUAUACCAACCUCCAAUGGACAAUCUGAUAAAUAUCUUACCGGAAACACCAGAAUUCAUGAACGCUUUGAUACCGCAGCAAAUAAACCUUUGGAUCGGCGCAAGUGCGGCACAGGAAUUGAAUGCUGAUGAUGCUUUUCUAUCAAAUUACGACCCUAAAGCUCCUAGACUAGGUCUUGGAAGAUCGGUCCCAGGUGGUGGCUCUUCGUCAGGACUGCACCACGACCAUGCCGACAAUAUUUAUGCGCCUGUGAGUGGACGAAAACGAUUCACACUGUUCUCGCCCAAGGACGCGGCCAAAAUGUACACCGUUGGCGUCGUUCGGAAGGUGUAUGACUCGGGAGUCAUUGAUUACGCCAGGUGUCAAAAGUCACCAUCGUGGCGUACUUUGCGUGACGACGGCGCAAUUUUAGCCGAGGUGGCUCACCAGCAACUGAAUAAUGGUGAGAAUUUAUCUACUCAUGAGAAGCAAAAAUGGCAGAAGAUCAUCGAUGAAGACGAAGCAUCCGUAAAUCAAGAAUCGAAUGCCAAGCUGGAUCCGCCAUCUUUUUCGAAGGUAAUUCCCACCGUUGUUCAUUUAGACAAAAUCCAGGACCAGUCGCUACAAAAGAAAAUUCGCUUAAGAGCGUUGGAAGAGUGGCCAUUGUUUUUCGAAGCCAACCGCCUCGUCGUGGAUUUGGAACCGGGCCAAAUGCUAUACCUACCUACAGGAUGGUUCCACGAAGUCACUUCGUUUGGGGACUCAGAUACCACGAUACCGGACGCUCAAAUCCAUGUUGCCGUGAAUUAUUGGUUCAUCCCGCCAAAUGGCAGCAGUCCAGACGACCUAUACCCUAACGAGGACAAAUAUUGGCAUAACGAUUUUGAACGUACUAAAGCGGCGCUUGAAAACGAGCGUCAGGAGACGGAAGUGACAAAAGACGAUGCCAACUUGUAG